UAAAGCAGGAAAAGUCGGAAAAGGCAGCAUGGCCCAAAUGGCAAGGCGAGGCGGCGCGGGUUGGCGUUUGGGAAAAUGAAAAGCCCGUGGAAAGCCGUCGUGCAUACUGAGCAAUGAUUUUCGUGCGAGUGUGUGUGUGAAAAUGUGUGAAAAUUGUUGUUUGCUGCGCCGCGGAGUUAAUAUAAAAUAAGAAGAAAAAAACACCUAAAGAAAGCUUGUAAAUACUACGAAAAAAUCAAAUCAAGUGCAAAAAUGCUCAACAAAAAACUCAAUAAAUACGGAAAUCGGCGAGUUGAAAAUAUAAAAUAAAAUCAGGAAAUCGCAAAUAAAAAAUGCCAGCUUCCUGCUUUGCACACACACACAUCGAGCAGAUUUUGGUCCAUGAAUGAACUGGCAUUGCCACCCGCCAUCCACUCACACCAACACCACACACACACACACACACCAUACACACACACUGCCACAGACACACACACACACACACACAUGUGCAACACAUAUAAAAAUAAAUAAAAUAAAAAACGAGCCAUUUUCGAAAGAUUUUUGCUAGAGAAACGGAGAAACGUGCCGCGCAUUUGGGAGUCACACAGAAAUAGUAUAUAAAAAAAGCUAUAUAUACAUAUAUAGCGGUGGAUAUAAAAAGGUAAUCAGUUAAUUAAGAGAGAAAAAGAGACCCCUAAAGAGAAGCCACAAGGAGAGAUAUCGAGAGAAAAACAGUAAAACGUAUACAAGGAAACGGAAAAACGAAACCGGAAACGGAAACGUGUAGAGGAGACAAGACGAGGAGGCGGCAGUGUUUGACAGUUGAGGGGCAACCAUCGGUGAUGUGGGACACAUCCCGGCACGGGCAAUGCAACAACCCCAACGUUAUAUACCGUCUGUAUCUGAUCUAUAUGGCACGGACGAGAUAGAACUGCUGCUGGACGAGAUUCGGGAGCUAGAGCUGGAGCCGGUCUGCUGUCAGCUAGAAGAUGAGCAGGACUUUGAGAUAGCUGGCAGCAGGGCCGGCGAGCUCUCCCUAGCUCACUCCCAUUCGCACUCGUUGUCCCUGGAAUCGCCGCUGGGUACGUGCACCUCCUGGGACUCGCAUGCCAACUAUAAGCAGAGGGGCGGACACACCCCGAUGCCCUGGGGCGUGGCCCUCCACUGUGAUCCGCAACACUUGAAAUCGCCUACAGGGAUUGUGCGCAUACUAUUGGUGUUAUCCUCGGCCGCCUGUCUGGCCUGCGAAUGCUCUGCAGGCACCGUACAGGUGGGCCUCUUUCUACUGCCACUCAUCGGACGCCUGAGGCUGAUGGUCUUCUGUGCGCUCUUCUCGCUACUCAUCACAUGCCUCAUGCUCUUUCUGGAUAUAUCGCAUAUAGCCCUCAUGUUCCCAUUCAAUUGGACUAAAGUGAAUACGUGGAUGUACCUGAGUAUUGGUUUGAUAUUUAUUUUGAGCUCCACAUUGCUUGUCCACAUGGUGCUGUAUGCCACUGAAUACACCUGGGUGUCCAAGCAUUCCAAGGACACGCUGCUGGCCACAGGGAUUAUAGGCUAUUUGUGCGCCUUGGAGGCAUUUCUUUUAUCGGGCAUUGCAUCCUGGCCCUGGACUCAGUACCGUCAGGUGCCCGACGAUGCCAGCGAAUUGUUUAUCGAGGAUCGCGAGAUGACGCCAAUGAGUCCCAUUAAUUGUAGCACCGAUCUGCAGGCAACGCCGUAUCAUCAUAAUGGCAAUGCCACAUCGUCGGAUCUAUAUAACCAACAACAACAAUCGUCCUAUAAUCAAAAGCCUUAUAUACCUGCCAAACGACCCAAUGAGCUCAACAAUCAGCGUCCAGCAUUGGGUCACACACAAACCGCACGGUCGAAACCCAAUCAGCGCUAUAGAGAAGGCUACCACUAUACAUCCCGCCAGAGUCCCACUUUCGUGCUGGGCGAUGAUCAGGGCAAUGCCGGUCCAUCCACGUCCCGUUCCAAUGAUAAUUCUAGUGCGUGAUAGUUUUUAAUUCCUCAGCCAGAAGAAGAAGACGACGAACAGCGAAACGGAAGAAUUACAGAGAUCUCUCAGCUACCAGAAUUCGAGAAUACAAAAUUGGAAGGAAGCAUUGUUGCACAAGCAUUUCGGUCAAUGUAAGAAACCAAACUGUUAAUUAGUUUAAAGGCAAAACUCGUCGGGAUGAGACACCAAAAAACACAGAGAGAGAAAAUAUUUAAGCCGAGAGCGAAGCAAACAACAAUAAUAAAUUUAAUAAAUUGUGUGUGUAUGUCAAAGAGAGAGAGAAAUUUAAAGAAUUUAAAGAACAACCAGAUGAAAUUUGAAACGAAGCAGAUCAACCAGAUCGAAGCCCAUUUGAUUAGUUAUACGAACACCAAAGAAAACAUUUGAAAAUUGGUCAAUGUGUUGAGCUAUAACUAAAUAUAUAUAUGAACAAAAGGAAAAACUAAUUGGUAAACAAAGAAAAAAGAAUACGGUAUCAAGGUAACGCGACAAAUUGCAAGCAAAAUUGAAGAAAUUAGAAAUUACAAUGAGCAUGGAAAUGGAAAUCAACUUGUUAUAAACGUAGUUUUGCUUAUUUUUUAAUAAAAACAAAAAAUAAUUCAAGAAAAACGAAA